AACUCUCAAAGGUCGGCUGCUUUUUCCAAGUUGCGAAAAGAAAUAAAUGACUAUGAAGGAACUAGAGGGCGACUGGAGGAGAGCUGAAGAGACAAACGGAUAAAACGUGGGAAGACAUUUAUACCAUAUGUAUAUAUAAAUCUCAGACGAGUUGCGUGUGCCGGUUCAAAAGGAAAAGCAUUUGCUGUGCAGAUUUUCAAAAUGAUGUCAGACGCCAGUGAGAUGUUGGCAGCAGCCUUGGAGCAGAUGGAUGGAAUCAUUGCAGGCUCCAAGGCCAUGAACUUUACCAACGGUAUGUUCGACUGCCAGUCUCCCAGCUCGCCCAUGAUAGGCAGCCUUCGUGCAGUGCACCUCCUUGAGGACCUGCGGGGGGUGCUGGAGCUGAUGGAUGCAGACGAAAGGGAGAAUCUGCGUAGCCAAGUGCCCGAUAACACUGCUGAGGGCCUGGUGGAGUGGUUGCAGGCCCGAAUGACUAAUGGUCAUGGAUCUACAGCAAGGGAUUUGGCAUAUCAAGAGCGACUGUCGCGGCUGGAGAGUGACAAGGAAUGUCUGGUGCUGCAGGUGAGUGUUUUGACCGACCAGGUGGAGGUGCAGGGAGAAAAAAUAAGGGACCUAGAGAUGUGCCUUGAGGAACAUCAGAUGAAACUCACUGCCACAGAAGAAUUACUACAGCAGGAAUUGCUGAGCAGGAGCAUGUUAGAGACCCAGAAACUGGAGCUGUUGACUGAGGUCUCCAGCCUGAAAUUGAAGCUUUCAACUGCAGAUCAUGAGAACAGUGAAUGUGAGGGCCUUUAUCAGGAGCUGAGACAAAUGCAGCUCAGAGCAGCUACUGCAGAGACGGAAAAAGCGCAGCAGGAAAGAAGCCUGAAAUCAACCAGAGACGAAUUGGUGGCACUGCAGAAGCAGCUUGAGGAGCGGGAGCAGGAGCUGCGGAGACUUAAGGAGCAAGGCGGAGCUGAGGUCUUGACCUUGGAGGGAAGCCAGAGCAGAGAGAGAGAUAUGGAAGUGCAGCGAAUGAAGCAGGCUGUCGAGACCCUAAUGGCAUCUAACGAUGAAAAGGAUCGUAGGAUUGAAGAGUUGCAACAGUCCCUGAUGCGCUGUAGGGAAGUCAAGGAUUUGGCCGUGUCAGUACAGGAAAGUAAAGACUGUGCGCUCUCAGACAGAGUUGAUGAAGAGGACACCGGGAUGGGACAGUGUGAGGGUUCAGACAAAUCCCCAACCACUACAGCUACUGAGCCUACAGGCACAGAGGAGACCGAUGAGCCUCAAGUGAUUCCAUGCACCGAGUUUCUCACGGAGUCUGAACCCAAAUCAGCACCUGGUGCCGAUCCGUGCCUUCUUAAAAACAGUUCCCCUCAAGGGCUUGGAUCUGAAAAUUCAUCUAGCAGAGAAGAGGCUGAGCCUGGUGAAAAAGCAGAUAAAAAAAGCAGCUCACCCGUAGUGUCCCCCACUCACUCAAGCCCAGGCGGAAAUGAAAGUUUUGGUACCAAAAAAAUACGCUCUUCAUUCGGACGAGGUUUCUUCAAGAUUCGAGGAGGAAAGAGAACAGCUAGUUCUCCUGAUCUAGCAGUUGAGGCAGAGAGGAAGAGGACUGAGCACUUGGAUCUCGCAGGAGCUCCAUCUCCCAGACCGAAAGAGCAUGUGGUCUCACCUGACGGCAAAAAGAAGGCCAAGGGAAUCCGAAAGUUCUUUGGAAUGAUGAGGAGGAGCCAGUCCACUUCCUUUAACCUAGACGAUGCGCCUGAACCCGAGUUCAGGAGAGGUGGCCUAAGAGCCACAGCCGGCCCAAGACUUGGUUGGUCACGUGACUCACAACGCAGCAAUAACAAUGAGCUAGAGACUCCAUUUGCAUCAUGGGGAACAGAGCAGGUGUGCGAGUGGCUGCACGAGAAGGGUUUAGGCUUGUAUGCGACUCAGGGAGAGCAGUGGAUCCGUUCGGGGCAAACGCUACUAAAUGCCUCACAAAAUGAUCUUGAAAAGGAGUUGGGCAUCAGGCAUCCUCUCCACAGAAAGAAACUUCAGCUGGCGCUUCAGGCUAUGGGCUCAGAGGAGGAGGACGCUAAAAGCAAACUGGACUUUAACUGGGUUACUCGAUGGCUGGAUGACAUCGGCUUGCCUCAAUACAAAGCCCAGUUUGACGAGGGCCGGGUGGAUGCACGCAUGCUUCACUACAUGACUGUGGAUGAUUUGCUGGGCCUGAAGGUGGGCAGCGUGCUCCACCAUCUCAGUAUCAAGAGGGCAAUCCAGGUGCUGCGCAUCAACAACUAUGAGUCCAACUGCCUCAGACGGAGACCAUCUGACGAGAAUAACAUUACACCAGCAGAGGUGUGCCAGUGGACCAAUCACAGGGUGAUGGAAUGGCUGCGCUCGGUAGACCUGGCAGAGUACGCACCCAACCUCAGAGGGAGCGGCGUGCAUGGAGGACUGAUGGUUCUGGAGCCUCGGUUCAACGUUGAGACAAUGGCCAUCCUCCUGAACAUCCCGCCUAAUAAGACUCUCCUGAGGCGUCACCUGGCCACUCACUUUCACCUCCUGAUUGGUGCAGAAGCAGAGAGACUCAAGCAGGAGUGUCUAGAGCACCCUGACUACACGCUGCUCACCGCCACAGCCAAAGUGAAGCCGAGACGCCUGUCCUUUGGCGGUUUUGGAACAUUAAGGCGGAAGCGACACGAGGAGAAUGAAGAGUUUCUGUGCCCACUGGACAUACAGAUGCCCCAGAAUAACAGCUUGCAAAGGGAAGAGCAGAUCAGCGAGGACAACCUGGACCAGCUAGAGCAGAUGGAGGACUCAGAAGGCACCGUGAAACAGAUCGGAGCCUUUUCACAGGGGAUCAACAACCUUACUAGCAUGCUGAAAGAAGACGAGCUCUUCAGGGAGAUACCGUCUCACUCUCCUGAUGCCGUGUUCACUGACUCCAGCACAUGAGACACAAGCCUGUGUUAGCAGAGAACCCUGGAGAACCAAACGGCUCUUAACUAUACUGUGAUUUUUACCACGAAAUGGCUUCCCACAGCACCACCUGUGACGAUUAUUUACACAUUUCUAGCUUCGGAGGAUGGUAUAACUAAUGAGGUUAUUGUGUUUGAGUCAGGCAAUCCACCACAGGGGAAUGUUUUAUUUAUUCUUUUUACUGUCUGAAAGAUUAAUAGUGUUUCAGUGUUGAUGAGAGAGCACACCAAAGACUGCAAUUGACCAAAAAAAAAUGUUGGUUUAGGUAGAUUACAUCCUUAUACUUACCCGCAUAUAAUCGUAUUGAAUCUAGACUUCGUGCCAGACAGGUACAUUGGGAGUAUUGAAUAGGAAAUAUAAUUAUUUAAAGCAUUUAGUCUGCACGUCACUGGAUAGAAAUUCCUUAAGCAAUAAAGUCCAUGUGUUGUGUGUAUUUUUUUUUUUUUUUUUUUUGAAAGUCAAUAAAAUUCUCAAUCCUUUUAAUGUUAUAUACACUAAUUCUGUAUUUUUUAAGACCCAUAGAUACCUGAUGCAUGUAUUUAUGCUUAUUUCAGUGGCAUUAUUUUUUAGCAAAAUAAACAUCGUCUCAAAAUGUUAAUCAAGACAUUUUGUAUUUCUAUGGUUUAACAAGUAGAUUAACUUUUGGAACUUCAGCUUAAACCCUUAUUAUU